CUCGGUGGUUGAAGUUAUCGAGCUUUGCACUUUUCUCGAGAACUCUAAAAUCUUAGCUACAUUUCAGUGUACGAGUGUGACACAAUAGUCGAACGAAAGAAGAGUGGUGUACUCGUACCAAUAGAUGGCCUCCAGACAGGACGACACAGGUGGGUGGUGCGGCGAUAUUGGCGACUUUCACGACUUUAUCCCGACCAGCCUGGACACAAACAGCAGUGUGGAUGCUUUAGGCAACUACUUCAAUGUCACCAACACCUCGUACUUGGGCCACCAACCCUGGACAAUACCCUAUGGCUUCACCUCAGGUUUUGACGCAGUUCAGAAUGAGGUUGUGGGUCCUGCUCUGUAGAGUGCGACCCCUGAAGCAUAUAACCCGACACUUGGACGACAGCCAACGGGACCUUUUGACGCUACCGUUUACUGCCCUCUCGAGAUGUCCGCCGACCCUUUGUCAGGCGCCAACCAGCCAGCCUCCGAUCUCCACGGGGAGGAAGCAGCACCUACUGAAUAUCAGUACAAUGGCCGAUUUUAUGAGGAAAGCAUGCCGGAUAUCAAGGGCAUAGACCCUGGAUCGGAUGGGAAAUUUCAUUGCUGGGAGGAGGGGUGUAAUCAUAAGGACGACGGAAGAAGACAUUUAAUGAAACAUUUAAGGACGCAUUACAAGCCAGUAAAAUGUCCGAAGCCUGAUUGCGGACGUCGAGCGGCUGAACAGCGGGAGAUGAUUCGUCAUGUCCAGUCUUGCCAUGUGGCGUGGGCAAACAAGCAACCUAAGCUUAAAGUUCAAGAGUUCUUUUGCGAUCUUUGCGGUGCACCGUUCAGACGGAAGGAUUAUAUCAGGAAGCACCAACGGUACUCAUGCCCAAUAGUUAAGGGCGAGCAACGGGAAUGAGUGGGAGCCUGGUUGUAGUGGAGGGCAGUUGCAACAUGGUGGAAUUGUAAGGUGGAUUGCAACCUGGCGUUGCACAUGACUGUGUGUCUGUUAUUUAUUUCCUCAACUUCUGCUUCUCUCACGUGCAAAAGGUGGUUUUCUGUUUUGAUUCCUCAGAACCUCCCAGUUGAUAUGGAUACCAGGCUUUAUUUCCCUAGUUAGAGGCUGUAGUUAUGAGAUCAUGAACAUUUCUUUACGAAAUCAAUGUGCACCAGCUGG